AUGCUGAAAUUUUUUAACGUUUCCGACAUAAAUCAAAGAUGCACGAGAGCUGUUUGUGGAUAUGCUUCAACCAGAUUUCACAACAUAAUCAGGAGCUACAGCAUACAUGUCAGACGUAAUGAAACGUUGUCUCUUCUCCUUCAAAGUUGUCAAAGUUCGUCUGGGUUUAAACCCAAUUACCAAGUAUUAUCAGCCAUUCUCAAAUCCUGUGCUGCCCUCUUAGCCAUCAACUUUGGGAAAGCUCUUCAUGGUUAUGUUGUCAAACAAGGCCAUCUUUCCUGCCACUCUAUCUCUAAAGCACUGCUUAACAUGUAUGCCAAAUGUGCUGCAUUGGGUGACUGCAAAACACUUUUUGGUCAAAUGGGUUACUCGGAUCCUGUCAUUUGGAACAUUGUCUUAUCUGGGUUUUCUGCAUCUCGAAAUUAUGAUGCUGAGGUAAUGAGGUUGUUUCAUGAAAUGCGUGUAGAUGGGAAGGCUAAACCCACUUCUGUUACCAUUGCUAUCUUUCUACCUGUGUGUGCUCGGUUAGGGGAUUUGCAUCUUGUUGGAAAUGCUCUUAUAUCAAUGUAUUCAAAAUGUGGGCUAGUUUCUGGUGAUGCCUAUGCUGUGUUUAAUAGCAUUACUGACAAAGAUGUCGUUUCAUGGAAUGCAAUAAUUGCAGGGUUUGCAGAAAAUAGUCUCAUAAAUUAUGCAUACAAGUUAUUCAGUUGGAUGCUCAAAGGACCAGUGGAACCAAAUUAUGCAACUAUUGCAAAUAUUCUGGCCGUUUGUGCUUCUUUAGAUAAAGACGUUGCCUACUGCUCUGGGAGAGAGAUCCAUUGUUAUGUGCUGCGCCGGAAUGAAUUGGCAGCAGAUGUUUCGGUGUGCAAUGCUUUGGUAAGUUCCUAUUUACAACUUGGACGAAUGCAAGAAGCAGAAUCCUUGUUCCACAGGAUGAAAUCAAGAGAUUUGGUUUCAUGGAAUGCAAUUAUUGCAGGAUAUGCAUCAAAUGGUGAGUGGUCAAAAGCAUUGGAGUUGUUUGGAAAAUUACUCGCUCUGCAGAUGAUCAGGCCGGAUUCUGUAAGUAUAGUCAGCAUUCUUCCUGCUUGUGCACAUUUACAAAACUUGGAGGUGGGGAAAAAGAUCCAUGGGUACAUUCUCCGACAUCCUAGCCUAUUUGAGGCAACAGCGGUUGGAAAUGCCAUGGUUAGUUUUUAUUCAAAAUGCUACAAAAUAGAAGCAGCUUUCAAGACUUUUUCGAUGAUUUUGAGGAGAGAUUUGAUAUCAUGGAAUACCAUGCUAGUUGCCUUCACAGAGAUUGGGCAUAGUACAGAGUUCCUCAACCUAUUAGAUGAUAUGCUAAGGGACGGCAUGAGGCCUGACCAUAUAACCAUCUUGACCAUAAUACAAUUUUGUGCUUCAAUUUUGAGAGUAGGAAAGGUUAAAGAAAUUCAUAGCUACUCAAUUAGGGCUGGGUUUUUGUGUGAUGAUAUUGAGCCUACUAUUGCAAAUGCAAUCCUGGAUGCAUAUGCCAAAUGUGGUAACAUGAAGUAUGCAUUCAACAUUUUUCAGAGUUUAUUGGGUAAAAGGAAUUUGGUUACUUGCAAUUCAAUGAUUUCAGCUUAUGUGAAUUGUGGGUCACGCGAUGAUGCAUAUAUCAUAUUUAACAGCAUGUCUGAAACAGAUCUCACCACUUGGAAUCUAAUGGUUCGAGCUUAUGCUGAAAAUGAUUGUCCUGCUCAAGCUCUCAGCCUGUUCCAUGAGUUACAAGCUCAUGGAAUGAAGCCUGAUGCGAUGACCAUUAUGAGCCUCCUUCCUGUAUCUGCUCAAAUGGCCUCAGUCCACCUGCUGAGGCAGUGUCAUGGAUAUGUGGUGAGAGCUUGUCUUGAUGACUUGUGCUUGAAGGGAGCUCUGUUAGAUAUGUAUGCAAAAUGUGGUUCCAUAGUAUGUGCUUAUAAGCUUUUUCAGUCAAGCCUGCACAAGGAUCUGGUUAUGUUUACAGCUAUGGUUGGUGGGUUUGCCAUGCACGGUAGGGGAGAAGAAGCACUGAAGGUCUUCUUUCAUAUGCUGGACUUGGGUGUGAAGCCAGAUAAUGUUAUUAUUACUGCUGUUUUAUCAGCUUGCAGUCAUGCUGGCCUGGUGAAUGAAGGGUUGAAGAUAUUUUAUUCAAUAGAAGAGAUUCAUGGGGUCAAACCAACAAUGGAACAGUAUGCUUGUGUGGUGGAUCUCCUUGCUAGAGGUGGACGAAUUGAGGAUGCAUUUUCUUUUGUGUCGAGGAUGCCUAUUGAAGCUAAUGCUAACGUAUGGGGAACACUGCUGGGUGCUUGCAGGACUCAUCAUGAGGUGGAAUUGGGCCGUGUUGUGGCAGAUCAUCUCUUUGAAAUUGAAGCUAAUAAUAUUGGGAACUAUGUGGUGAUGUCAAAUCUAUAUGCAGCAGAAGCUAGAUGGGAUGGGGUCAUGGAGGUAAGAAGGAUGAUGAGAACUAGAGACAUAAAAAAGCCAGCAGGAUGCAGCUGGAUAGAGGUGGAGAGGAGGAAGAACCUUUUUAUGGCUGGAGACUGGUCCCAUCCAGAAAGAAGCAUUAUCUACAGUGCAUUAAGUGCAUUGGACCAACAAAUGAAAGAGCCAGUUUAA